CUUGUGUUUAGCUCUGGGGAGAGUCAAACUGGAUUCCAUAGGGAAAGACUGCAAAUCACUUCUAUUUUAGCAAGGAAAAAACAGAAUCUCCAUCCACCAGGGUCCACCCCUCUCUUUCUCUCUCUCUCCUUUCUUUUCUCUCCCUCUCUCCCUCUCUGUCUUUCUCCCUCUCUCUCUUCUUCCCUCCCCCUUUCUCUAUCCUUCUUUCUCUCUCUUUCUCUGGUGUCUCUCGCUGUCUCUAGCAACCGGCGUCCUCCUCAUCCACACGCUUUGAAAGGAGAGAAAGAUCUUUGGUUGGGAGAGGAGAGGAAAAAAAAAAGAAAAGAGAGAGAGAAAAAAACUUGCCUGUUGUCUGUGGAAAAUGACACUUGAUGUAGCCAAGCCUGCAGCAGCUCCAGUUCAGCCUAUUGUUUCUUAAACUGCCAUCAGAGGGUUUUUUUUUGCCUGCUUCUUCAAGUGAAGGGUACCUCUACAAAAGGAAACUCCAGCCCCUCAAGUGCUCCACCGUCUUGUGAUCACUACAAAAAAAAAAACAAAAAAAACAAAAAAACAAACAAAUCAAAAAACCAAAAAAUUCACUCCUAACCAAAACCAACCAACCCAACAACAACAACCCCCCCAACAAUCAAACGUACAACUCGGUUUUUUUGGUCUUUGCCUUUUCAUUGGAAUUUUUCCUUUUUCUAAAAAAAUUGCUGUUGUUAUUUUUUUAAUUUAAAAUUUGCUUUCAAGUCUCUUUGAUCCGGUGUGAGUUCAUCUUCUCCGAAAAAAAAAUCUCUGGCUGGCGAUUUUCUUUCUUUUUUUUUUUCCCUUCCCCUCCCCCUUAAUUUUUUUUUUCUGACGGGAGAGGAGAUUUUCCCCCAAAAAAGGUUGUUUUCAUGUUUGGGAUCCAGGAAAGCAUCCAAAGGAGUGGAAGCAGUAUGAAGGAAGAACCGCUAGGCAGUGGAAUGAACGCUGUGCGGACGUGGAUGCAGGGAGCCGGGGUCCUGGAUGCAAACACAGCCGCUCAGAGUGGGGUGGGGCUGGCCCGGGCUCACUUUGAGAAGCAGCCGCCCUCCAAUCUGAGGAAAUCCAACUUCUUCCACUUUGUCCUGGCCCUCUAUGACAGACAGGGACAACCCGUGGAGAUCGAGAGAACCGCCUUUGUGGGGUUCGUGGAGAAGGAAAAAGAAGCCAACAGCGAAAAGACCAAUAAUGGGAUCCAUUACCGACUCCAGCUCCUCUACAGCAACGGUAUAAGAACAGAGCAGGAUUUCUACGUCCGCCUUAUAGACUCCAUGACUAAACAGGCCAUAGUAUAUGAAGGCCAAGACAAGAACCCAGAAAUGUGCAGAGUAUUACUCACACACGAAAUCAUGUGCAGCCGCUGUUGUGACAAGAAAAGCUGUGGCAACCGAAAUGAGACUCCCUCAGAUCCAGUGAUAAUUGACAGGUUCUUCUUGAAAUUUUUCCUCAAAUGUAACCAAAAUUGCCUAAAAAAUGCAGGAAACCCUCGAGACAUGCGGAGAUUCCAGGUCGUGGUGUCUACGACAGUCAAUGUGGAUGGCCAUGUCCUGGCUGUCUCAGAUAACAUGUUCGUACACAAUAACUCCAAGCACGGGCGGAGGGCUCGGAGGCUUGACCCCUCGGAAGGUACGCCCUCUUAUCUGGAACAUGCAGCUACCCCCUGUAUCAAAGCCAUCAGUCCAAGUGAAGGAUGGACUACGGGAGGUGCCACAGUGAUCAUCAUAGGAGACAAUUUCUUUGAUGGGUUACAGGUCAUAUUCGGUACCAUGCUGGUCUGGAGUGAGCUGAUUACUCCUCACGCCAUCCGAGUGCAGACCCCUCCACGACACAUCCCUGGUGUUGUAGAAGUUACACUGUCUUACAAAUCCAAACAGUUCUGCAAAGGAACACCAGGAAGAUUCAUCUACACAGCUCUCAAUGAACCCACCAUUGAUUAUGGUUUCCAGAGGUUACAGAAGGUCAUUCCCCGGCACCCCGGUGACCCCGAGCGCUUGCCAAAGGAAGUAAUACUCAAACGGGCUGCUGAUUUAGUGGAGGCUCUCUAUGGUAUGCCCCACAAUAACCAGGAAAUCAUACUGAAGAGGGCAGCUGAUAUUGCAGAGGCAUUGUACAGCGUUCCUCGUAACCACAACCAGCUUCCUGCCCUUGCUAACACUUCUGUUCAUGCUGGAAUGAUGGGAGUCAAUUCAUUCAGUGGACAACUGGCGGUGAAUGUCUCAGAAGCUUCACAAGCUACCAAUCAGGGUUUCACUCGAAAUUCAAGCAGUGUAUCACCACAUGGGUAUGUGCCUAGCACCACCCCACAACAGACCAACUAUAACUCUGUCACCACAAGUAUGAAUGGAUACGGCAAUGCCGGAAUGUCCAACUUAGGUGGAUCCCCAACCUUCCUCAAUGGCUCAGCUGCCAACUCUCCCUAUGCCAUCGUGCCAUCAAGUCCGACCAUGGCCUCCUCCACAAGCCUCCCCUCUAACUGUAGCAGUUCCUCUGGGAUCUUCUCUUUCUCACCAGCCAACAUGGUCUCAGCAGUGAAACAGAAGAGUGCUUUUGCUCCAGUUGUGAGACCACAGACUUCCCCACCUCCCACCUGCACCAGCACCAAUGGGAACAGCCUGCAAGCUAUAUCUGGCAUGAUUGUCCCUCCCAUGUGAAAGAAUUGCCUUGAAGAAUUUUAUUAAUGAAGAGGUUGGAUCCUGCUACAGAGAGAAAUCUGAUACAAGUCCCAGAGUGGAACUUUUAACUCAGGCCUUUUUAAGAGGAAUCACAAUAACUGCAGAUUUUUAAACAAACAAAAUCACCGACCUUGCAAAUACUGAAAUUGGAAGGAAUCUGCAAGUGCAGGGUGUUGGUUAAAGUUGUACAUCCCAAGUAUUUGGGAGAUAUAUUUAUUCUGUGUUGAUAAAAAAAAAUCCACUUUUUUUUUAAAGCUUAACUCAACAAUCAUUUGUCUUUUAUAAACCGUAAAGCUAUAUAUGAGGGACACUAUAAAUAAGACUCCAUGUUUUAAUUUAUGAUGUUUUUAAAGCUGUGUAAAGGGAGAAUGAAAUGGUGACAUUUACAAAAAAAAAAAAAAGUAAAAAAAAAAAAGCUUGUAUGGGACAGAAUAGGAAUGCCAGUUAGAGUUUUCUAGAAGACUAAGGGUCGGCUCUUACGCCUUAAAUGCAUAUCAAGUGGUAGUUUGCUCAUGCAAUGCAUUUUCAGUAUCUAACUUAACCUGUCACCCCAUAGGAGUACAAGCUUAAUGAUCUCUUUUUGUAUCAUUGUCUUAAGUAAUCAUGUAAAUAAAUGCAACCUGGAAAGUUAA